CGUACAAAACAUGUGCGCGUGAUUCUCCGGGUGAUAUUCGUGUUCCCCAGCAAAUUUGUUCCAAGAUUUGCCUCGUUAAUUUCCCGUGGAUAGAGCAGAACACAAACCUGUAAGAAUGGCAUCCAAGGACGUAGAACGCAUGGAAUUGGCCGAGGACCAGAACAUCGAAGAUGCCAUCAUAGCCGGCGAAAGUGACGACGACGAUGAUGAUCAAGUGGAUGAUGCUAUGGAAAACGAGGAGGAAACCAAUGGACAGGUUUACCUUCCGGGACGCAAAUUGAAUAACGACGAAGAACUGGUGUGCGACGAGUCCGCGUAUGUGAUGCUCCAUCAGGCCCACACCGGGGCGCCAUGUUUGAGUUUUGACGUUGUCGCAGACCCUUUAGGGGAAGAUCGGGAAAAAUUUCCACUAACUGCAUUUUUGGUGGCUGGUACUCAGGCUGCCAGGACACACGUCAACAGUGUCAUCGUAAUGAAGAUGUCCAAUUUGCAUAGGACAUCCAAGGAACGGGACGAAGAUGAUGACUCCGAUGCGGACGAGUUGAGUGACGAUGAAGACGAGAAUUCGGAUAAGCGACCGCAGAUGAACUGUGCUCUCAUCAAGCACGCAGGAUGUGUGAACAGGAUUCGGGCAACGACUUUCAACAAUACACAUUAUGUGGCCACUUGGAGCGAGAUGGGACGGGUCAAUAUAUACAACAUCAAUGAUCAGCUAGCGGCCGUGGAUGACGAACAUUCGUGCAAGAAUUACGAGACCAACAAGGUCGGUGACGGAGUGAAACCGGAUUUCACUUUCUCCGGACAUCAGAAGGAGGGUUUCGCUAUUGACUGGUGUACCACAACGCGUGGUAUGUUAGCAACGGGUGAUUGCCGACGGGAUAUCCAUAUUUGGCGCCCGAAUGAUAAGGGCUCGUGGACGGUUGAUCAGCGACCUCUGGUGGGACACACGGACUCGGUAGAGGACAUCCAGUGGAGUCCGAACGAAGCGAAUGUACUGGCUACCUGUUCGGUGGACAAAUCAAUCCGAAUCUGGGACUGUCGAGCACCUCCGUCAAAAGCCUGUAUGCUGACGGCGGACAAUGCCCACGAGAGCGACAUAAAUGUGAUCAGCUGGAACAGAAACGAACCUCUGAUUGCUAGUGGUGGUGAUGACGGUUUCUUCCACAUUUGGGAUCUACGUAACUUCCAGUCGAAAUCGACCGUAGCCACAUUCAAGCAUCAUACUAAUCAUAUAACAACCAUCGAAUGGCACCCGAAAGAGUCGACCAUUUUGGCCACCGGAGGAGACGACGAUCAGAUUGCCCUGUGGGAUCUAUCGGUCGAACGAGACGACGACGACGAACGAACUGAUCCAAACCUGAAGGAUCUGCCUCCUCAGCUGCUGUUCAUUCACCAGGGACAAACGGAAAUCAAGGAACUGCACUGGCAUCCUCAGCUUAAGGGUGUGCUUUUCUCGACGGCACACAGUGGAUUCAACGUUUUCCGAACAAUCAGUGUAUAGACGAGUGUAAAACAUGGCGGUUCUUUUCUUGUUCUUCAUAAUUAAGACCUUAUUCAGUUUGUGUCACUUUAAUAAGCUUCAAAAAUAUAAAAG